AUGGCGGCAGUCAGAGCGCUCGUCCUCGCGUGCGUGCUCCUCCUCGUGUCGACGUCCGCCUUGGCGCAGCGUGGUCCGCCUGGCGGAGGUCCUCCCGGCGGGCAGCGCGGAGGUCCUGGCGCCGGUUCCGGCGGACCCGGCGGUCCCGGCGGCCCUGGCGUUCCCGGCGGUCCAGGUGGUCGCGACGGCCCCGGCGGGCCUGGCGGGCCUGGCGGACCGCGCGGCCCUCCGCUGAACCUGACGGCCGUCGGGAAUCUGACGGCCGAUGUUGGUGCGCAACUCGCCAACUGCACCGUGGAUCAGAAGACCCUUAACGGCAGCUUCCACCUCGCCGUCUUCAAAAACUCCACCGGAAACUACAAUCUGCUCGUCGAGGCGGUGCUGGUGGACGCGGCGGGCGGUCCGCCCGACUCGCUGGCGAUCGUGAAGGGCGUCGUGUGCGACGCCGCCGCAACGGACAACGCGGACGCCGCCACCCUCGACGCGCUGCUCGCCGUGCUCCCCACCGCCUCGCCUCCGCCCACCAGCGGCAGCGGCGGGCGCAACGGCGGAGGCAGCGCCGGCGGAGGCAGCUCGGGAAGCAGCGGGGGGGUCGCGCGGAACGGGCAGGGCGGGAGACGAAUGGGGCGGGAGCUGCUGAUGGGCGCAUUCGGCCGCGCUGCUAGGCAGGGGGGGCAGAAGCAGGGGGGACAGAAGCAGGGGGGCCAGCAGCAGGGGGGAGCGCAGCAGCAGGGGGGAGCGCAGCAGGCGCCUGCAGUGAGCGGGUAUGCUGUGCUGGCGGGCAGCAGCGCAGCAGGUGUGACGUGGGGCGGGCAGCUCAUGGGCGCCCAGACGCCCGCCGCUGCUGUUUAA